CGGUACAAAGGCUCGCGUGUUGCAUGUCUUGAAUUUGCUGCUUUGCUGCCACGCAUCGCUUCUUUCCGUGCCGUUUCAACUAUCAUCCGCGAGGCUACGCAAUUGCACAAGGCUGUAUAGUCCGUGCCUGCCCUCACCAUCAUGCCUGGUCCUUUGGGAGCUGCCGAGUUUCCCACUGAGCAGGAGCACAAAGCACGCCAACUGUCUAUCGGAGGUGAGAAGAACAUCAACCUGAGCGAAACUCACCAAGGUGUUUCUCUCGAUUCUGAUGUUGAGGCCUUGGAGAAGGAGGAUGUCCAGUACGGUGUAAAGGCCGUCGAGGCAACCGCCAUUGUUUGGUCUCGCAAUGCCUUGAUUGGAGCAUACGCUGCAAUCUUCCUGGUCUUCUUCGUCAAUUCGUUCCUCCAGCAGACGAGCUACACCUUCACCUUGUACGUAACAAGUAGCUUUGCUCUGCACGAGCUUACUGCAACGACCGCCGUCAUGUCGCAGAUUAUCGGUGGUGUGGUGCGGCUGCCCUUGGCAAAACUCAUCGACAUCGUCGGUCGCACCGAGGGCUACCUCGCUGCCCUCACCUGUGCAACCAUUGGUCUAAUCAUGAUGGCCGCCUGCAACGGCGUCGAGCUGUAUGCUGCGGCUCAGGUGUUCUACUGGGUGGGCUAUAAUUGUAUGGGCUAUACCUUAGACGUCUUCAUUGCAGACACUUCCAGUCUGAAAAGUCGAGGCCUAAUGUUUGCUUUCACCACUGCGCCAUACAUUGCAACCACGUUUGCCGGGCCCGCUCUUGGACAAGAGUAUCUUGACCACAGCACCUGGCGCUGGGGUUACGGUUCGUUCGCAAUCAUCACGCCCAUCAUCUGUGCCCCGGUCGCCUUGAUCUUCUGGAUCAACAAGCGUAAAGCGAAGAAAGCUGGUCUGUUGACAAAGGUCCCCAGUGGCAGGACCUGGUUCCAGUCGGUCAAAUUUUACCUCAUCGAGUUCGACUUUAUCGGCGUGCUCUUAAUUUGCGCUGGUUUUGUCAUGUUCCUCCUGCCGUUCAAUCUCGCGGCCGGUUCUGCUUCCAAAUGGAACAGCCCCGACAUUAUUGCUCUGCUUGUCGUCGGCAUUGUGUGUCUCAUUGGCUUUGUACUAUACGAGAAGUUCGUCGCGCCAAAGCCCUUCAUUCCCUUUGAGCUCCUUCUAGAUCGCACUGUACUCGGGGCUUGCAUCCUGGCUGCGACCCUGUUCGUCAGUUUCUACUGCUGGGAUGGUUAUCUUCUGUCUUACCUGCAGGUCGUGUGGAAUCUGAAGCCCAAGUCCGCAGGCUACAUCUACAAUACUUACAAUCUCAGCUCUUGUGCAUGGGGUAUCAUCGCCGGCCUUCUGAUCCGCCAAGCUGGCUACAUCAAACGGUUCGCCGCCGCCGCAAUGCCCCUCAUGUUCCUCGGCGCAGGCCUACUGAUCCAUUUCCGUCAACCCGACCAAUCCGUCGGCUACGUCAUCAUGUGCCAGGUUCUGAUCGGCGUCGCUGGUGGCACUCUCGUCAUCUGUGAAGAGAUUGCGGUCCUCGCUUCCGGCGCCCACGAGAAUGUGGCAACGUUGCUUGCCUUGAUCGGCAUGUUCAGUUCCAUCGGUGGCGCCAUCGGUUUGUCUGUCUCGGCAGCUAUCUGGACCAACAUCGUGCCGGGCGAGAUCGCGGCACGGCUACCGGCGGACUCGGCUGUGACUGCAGCUGAACUUUAUGCCAGUGCCAUCACCGUUCUGACCUAUGCACCCGGCACGCCGGAGCGCAACGCUGUCAUCGGCGCUUAUGCUGUUGCCCAGAGAUGGAUGGCCAUUGCCUCGACAUGUAUUCUGGUUAUUGGGGUCGGUGCUAUUGCUGUGUGGCGUGAUAUUGAUGUGCGCAAGUUCAAGCAGGUCAAGGGCCGCGUCGUCUAGAUGCAGGCGAGUAUCAUAUUAUUGUGUCGCAUGUGCUUGGAAUGUACUCCACGUAGUCGCAAUCAAGGAUAUAGAUGACUUGAUCUAUGAAAUACACCCUUCUAGGCACACAUCUCAUUACCCUAUUCUACGGCAUUAGCCAAUGUUACGUGAGAUCUUACAUGCAGUUUCUGAUUCUAUUACGAGUUAUCGCUAGCUAUACUAGCCAUUCCAGACUUGGAAUGAGAUAUCUCACCGCGACAUUAUCUACGGACCGAGCGACAGCGAGACCAGCUCUCCGUUCACGUGCGCAAUCACUUAUCUUGGCGCACAAAUCUCCUCUCUGACUCUCAAAACGUCUCUCUUUCUUCUAGGAGGA